UUCUUGAAAAAGUCCUUUGUCUAGGCAGCCUCCCAGAUGUAAUAGUUUAACCCCUCCCCACACACAAAUGGCAUUCAACUAAUUCUCAUAAAAAGUGCAAUCUUCUCAAACAGGCACAAAUUAUACUCUGCUAGAGAGUCUAGGGUUUGCAACCAAGCCUGGACCAAAGGGACCUUCUUGAGGCAUAAAUAGCAGGAAUCAGGCUCUCCUCUCUUGCAGAACAACUCAGCUGCAAGCAAAAGCAAGCGCUCUUCAACUUAUCAGUCCUCCACAGGAAACGCCUGGAAGUGUGAAAUAUUUGAAAUGGAAACUUGAAAACGUGUCUCCAGCUGUAACAAAAUGAUCACAACGCUGCUUCUCACGGUUCUGAGCUGUGUCACGUCUUUGCCACUUGAUGACAACUCAGUUUGCACAGCAGACGAGCUUGCCGCAUACCAUAUUGUUUUCUCAGGGAAAUGGAGCCACGUUGCAUUUCCUAAGCAGUAUCCACUCUACAGGCCUCCAGCACAGUGGUCUUCCCUUCUAGGCGUGACUCAUAAUUCCGAUUACAACAUAUGGAAAGCAAAUGAGUAUGCCAGUAAUGGCAUGCGUGACUUUGCUGAAAGAGGUGAACCAUGGACAUUAAUGAAGGAAAUUGAAGCAGCUGGAGAAAAAAUCCAAAGUGUUCAUGGAAUCUUCUCUGCGCCUGCCAUAUCCACUGGCACCGGACAAACCUCCACAGACCUAGAAGUUGAUUCAGGACAUCCACUGGUUUCCCUUGUAGUACGGAUUGUGCCUAGCCCUGACUGGUUUGUGGGUGUAGAUAGCUUAAAUCUCUGUGAAAAAGAUCAUUGGAAGCAGCAAAUCUCAUUGGAGCUUUUCCCAUAUGAUGCUGGAACUGACAGUGGAUUCACAUUUUCUUCACCCAACUUUGCUACCAUUCCACAAGAUACUAUCUCAGAGAUCACAAGUUCCUCUCCAAGUCAUCCAGCAAACUCAUUCUAUUACCCCAAGCUUAAAAAUUUGCCACCUAUUGCUCGAGUGACGCUGGUAAAGCUUAAGAGAAGCAGACUGGGUUUUCCUAUUCCUCAAACCAAUGUGACAACAAUAGGUAAUGAAAUAGAUGAUUCAGUAUCAGAGACUCCACUGGAUUGUGAGACAUCCUUCUGGUCUUCUUGGGGCCUUUGCAAAGGCACAUGCGGACAUUUAGGAAGCAAAAAAAGAACGCGUUAUGUACUUCUUCAGCCUGCCAAUAAUGGGACACCCUGCCCAAACCUGAAUGAAGAAGCAGAAUGUGAACCAGAUAAUUGUGUUUGAGACAGGGUAGUCCUUUUGGGAAAUUGUUUAGUUUAUUUAAAUAUAAGAUAUACUUAGUUAAUAUUGCCUAUUCUGUUUAUAUUAUGUUAAUAAUUCAGGGUAGUUGUAACAUUUUGUUGUCAUUUUCACAUAAUUGGAUAGAUGGCUGUGCUCAUUUCCUGCCAAGGAAACAGUAUUUUGUUUGUGAAUGCCAGUAGUGCCUCCUAGUGGUAGAAAAUACAGCAAAACUAUAUUUUUACACUUUUAUUUAAAAAGCACCUUUUGCUGUAAAAGAAUUAAAAUAGAAAAGCAUUUGCAUCUA